GCAUCACUGCGCGCCCUCGGCGAGCUUUGGCGGCACUCUCCUGUAGACCUUCCGGAACAGGCCCGGCGAGGGCUGUGCGACCGUGCCGCGCCUGUGGAGGGCUUCGAUGUCUUCCUGUCCCACACCUGGCUGAGCCCCGGGAGGUACAAAGUUCUCAGCCUGCUUUUCCAAGCAGGUUGGAAGCAGGUGUUUCUGGGUCAAAGCUUCUUCGUGAUGGCUGGAAUGGUGCUCAGUCUUCUGCGCUGGCUUCCACUGCCUUUUGUCCUCCCACCCGAGUUUGAAGGGUAUUCACAUCUCGAAAGCCCAUUCUUUCCUUGGUGCCUCGUCUUCUCCUUCGUGGGAAGCUCCUUGGGGCUCGUGCUGACGCCCUAUUUUCCGGCCCUCUGCGGCCGGCAUCCUGUUUGCUUCCUGGAUGUGGUCAGCAUCCACCAAGUGGACCAGGAGUUGAUGGAGCGUGGCGUCUACGGCUUAGGAGGAUUUUUGCGAGUUUCAAAAGAGCUCCGGGUCCUUUGGUCCGCCCCGUACCUCUCGAGGCUGUGGUGUGUGUUCGAACUGGCAGCCUACCGGAUGGCAAAUCCCAGUGGACGCAUCGUUGUAUCCCCGAUCUUUGUGGAAGUGGGUGCCCUCGUAACAAUUCUCUUCACAUACUUCGUGGCUUUCCUGUUUUCAUUGGUCUUUGUGCUCAGUUGGCAAGAAGUCGGGCGAGUCAUGACCUACGUCAUUGCGCUUGUUCCCCUCAUCCUUCUCCUGCACCUCAUGCGCCGGAACCUGAUGUCGAAGCACAGGCUAGUGUCAGACCUGCGCUUGUUCGACCUCGAGAAGGCCUACUGUCGCACGGACUUUGACCGAGAAUUUAUCCACAGGGCCAUUAUUGAGUGGUACGGGAGCAAGGAUGCCUUUACACAAUACGUGCGCGGGCCCCUGCGAGAAGAGUUGCUUCACAGCAGCAAGUCCGGUUUCCCCUCGCGAUAUCUUCUCAUGGUGACGUCUGUCACCUUCGGUGCUUCAAUGGACAGCUUGGUGGCCUUGUCCCUAGGCGGUAUGACAUGGCAGGUGGUAUUGGCCGAGUUUGUGGGCAACAGCAUCGGCUUUCAUCUGGGCUAUUUUCUUGGACUCUUAAACCUUGUGGUUUAUCUUUGUGACCGCUUUGCGGCUCCGAUGUUCAGUGGCGUACUGCUGGACUGUUUGCAAUCAGUCGUGAUGUUCCUAGUUUUCUUCAUCCUCUAUUAUCUUGGACAAGUCGUGAAUCGCCGAGCAUACACGACCAGCCUGUGGUCGGCGGUGGUCUGGGCCAGCGCUGCAUUGCUAUGGGCUGGCCUCUCUCUUCGCCUCUUCCAACACCGCAGGUGUUGCCGAGUUGACAAAACUCCUGGAAUCUAA